AUGAAGGUGGAGAUCAGAAACCGGAAGGGCAAAGAGAGCAACAAGAAAGGAACCCUAGUUUAUUCAGAGAAAUGAGAAAGUACCAUGCAGAGUACCUCUACUCAGAGCUAUGACAAGUCUUUCUCCCCACUAAAGUUUAAGAAAUUGAGAUCUAGAAGGGAUUUACACAAGAGGCAUAAGAAGAGUAUGGUGAGAGAUAAUAAAGCCCUUGAAGAUUUGAAAAAGGAUCUCAAUAGCUCUUAUGACCUUACUAAUGCGUACAAGGAGAAAUCUAGAGAAGAAAAUAAAGGAAUUGACAAAUAUUUAAUGUACAGAUCCUCUUUUAUCCCAUCUGUAUUUGUGAAAAGAUACACCGGAUCUGGAAUUUUUCCAUCUAACAAAGUAUGGACUGAUAAAGACAUGGCUCCAAUGUGUCAAUUGCAUAAGAAGUCUCAUGCCUAUCUUCAGAAGAAUAAGAUGUGGCAGAAAUCCCUUCUUAAGAAGCUGAAGAAUAGGAAAGAAAUAGGCAAGUAAAAAUAAGACUAUUGAUUUUGAUGUGAGCCCUUCAAAAUGAAGUUUUGUGCGAAUCUCAAGCCCCAUAAAAGAUGGGAGUUCCUUUAUCAAGGAGUUCAUCCGCCAGAGAGCAGCUCUCCAGAACAACCUCAAAGGCAGGAAUCAAGUGUUGAAUAACUCAUUAAAAGUGCGCAGGAUUGACAAUGAAAGUAUUGAAUUUCAGAACGAUGUUAUUAAGAAACGGACUGCAAGUAACCACUGUCUUGUAACAAGGUCUAAAGAGACUAGUAUCUCCCCGCAUCGCAAGGCUUUGAAGCUCAACUAUAUACAGAAGAGCUUUAAGAGUCAAGAGAGGAGCAGUGUUACUCUAAAAAUCAAGGAUGUCGAGUCUUGUCCCUGGGAGACCAAGUAUGAUUGAGAUACUACUUUUUAUGAUUAUAAUGACCAGCACAAGUAUGGUGAUGCGUAAUAGUAGUUUUGCUAGUUUAGUU